AUGGGUGACGUGACAGUGCAAACUGGAGAUCUGUUGCCAUGUAGGAUUUGUGGAAGGACUUUCUUUCCUGCAGCACUGAAAAAGCAUGUACCCAUUUGCCAAAAAACUUCUUCCAAGAAAAGGAAGACAUUCGAUUCCAGCCGACAGAGAGCAGAAGGAACUGACAUUCCCACAGUAAAACCUCUUAAGCCACGGCCAGAACCACCCAAAAAACCUUCCAACUGGAGACGAAAGCAUGAGGAAUUUAUAGCAACUAUACGAGCAGCCAAAGGACUUAAUCUUAAAGAUGGUGGAAAACUCCCUCCACCACCUCCGCCAUCAUAUGACCCUGAUUACAUUCAGUGUCCAUAUUGUCAGAGGAGAUUUAAUGAAAAUGCAGCUGACAGACACAUCAAUUUCUGUAAGGAACAAGCAGCACGUAUUACUAAUAAAGGGAAAUCGGCAGCUGAUACCAAAGGGAAGCUUCCUACACGAACACAGUACAAACCUGCUGCAGUUAAGAAGAUGCCUUCUGUAGGAUCAACACCAUCAUCAUCAUCAUCACGCUUACCACAGCCAAGUGGUGUUAGCAAAACUGUUGUAGGUGCCUCUUCAAAUAAAGCACUAUCUUCAUCUGGGCCCAGUGCGAGCAAAAUUCAGACAUUAUCACCAGCUCAUAAAAACUCCUUGGGAAUGGUGAACCCACAAGCAGGUAGUAAGAUGGACAAGUUAGGCCCACCACUGCGAACCGGAAGAAAUGUGCAAUGGUUUUAUGACAGUGAUACAAAAACAGACAGUACCAUCAAAAGACCAAAUGAGUUGUUGCCUAUAAAGAAAGGUGCAACAAAAACACGGACAUCAACCCCUCCUAGUGUGGCAAGAACCAUGAGCACGGGUGCUCUAACAAACAAAAGGAAAACUAGCAAUUCAGACAGUUACUCAAGGUCUGAUGGUAGAAUUGGGUAUGACAGUGGAGACUACGCAUCCUCAGUCAAUGGAGGAAGUUCAAAAAGCAGCGAAGGAAAUUCACCUGUACAGUUAUCAAAGUUCUGCCAUGAAUGUGGGACAAGGUACCCAGUGGAAUGGGCGAAGUUUUGCUGUGAGUGUGGAAUUCGAAGAAUGGUUGUGUGAACACAUUCUUAAAAGCAGAAAGAAAAUGAGAAAUCAGAAACAUCUGCUAUGUACUUCUGCAUGGAAAACUAGAGCACUCCUUCCUAUUAGACUUCGUGCUGCAAACAUGUUGAAACAUCAUAUUGUAAUUUUCUGAGUGCAAUCUUCUGGCUAUACAGUUAUUUAUAAACAAAUAUAUAUACUGUAUAUAAAAAUAGCAGGUACCUAAAACUGUGCCAUUCAAGGAAAUACUUUUUAAUCUCUGUUGGAAAUAUUUAAAAUUAAGGUAAAAAUGUGUUAAGUAACAGGUAGCAGAAGUGGUUCAAUGUUAUUUUUAUUGUAAAUCCUACUAGAUAAAGGAUUAUUUAAAUCUCUUGUGCAGGAUAAUACUUUCCCAUAGGGAACUAGCCAUGAAGAACUUGGGCUUCAAAAGUUUCUCUGUAGAGGCAUUUCCUUCAUAUGCAAAAGUUCCUUAGAUGCUGUGUUCUAAGUCAAAACAACAUGAGCAACUCUUAUAAAUUCCUAGUUAAAAGUGCAAAAAGUCUGGAUCCCUUUAAACAAUAUUAAUAUCCUAAUUGGACUUCUCAGUUACUUAAAUCCUAGGAUUUUUGAAAGCAUCAAAAUGGAAAAACUACCUGAGAAUUCUGUUCACAUGUAGGAAUAAAGUCAAGAAUUUUGUGUCUUUCCAUGUUCUGUUUUCCAAUAAGAGCAUGUUGAUAUUUUUACGUAUUUAUAAGGGCAAAUAUGGUAUUGUCACUUUAUUAAGUUCCUUUUGUUCAGAAAUGCUUGUCUUCCUCCUCCUGUGCUCCAUCACAACUGGCAUAUCUAAGAUUUUUGUGCUUUUUGUCUUUAAAGGUUUCCAAAGGUCCUGCUCCAUUUUUCUCUUUCUUCAUUUCCUGAAGGGGAGACAAAGUCUAUGCUUAUCCUACCUAAAUGUUGAACUCUUAUUUUGAAAACAGCCCUCUUGAUGAUUCCAAUACAAAAAAAAAAAAAAAAAAAAAAAAAUAAAAAUGUAUGUUAUUAGAACAGUAGAACUUGUUCUGUAAGUAGUGACUGGUUUUUAUUCUUACUCCUGUGCAAAUAGCACAGCUACAUAUGAGUGCAUAAUGGAGUAACUGUGCUCCAUAGGUUUAUGUGUUAAUACCUUACAUAUUUUUUUUGCGAUUUUGUAUAUUCUUGGGUUCUGAACAACAGCCUCUUGAAGUUAGUAACAGAUUUCAUGUUAAUUUGUUGGGAAGAAGGGUCAGGCCCUGGAAGUUCUUACUGUUUUUCUCAUAAAUUACAGAGGAUAUUAAAACCAUUCACAAGCCAAAUCACUUAAGUUGUAUCUGUAUGUGGUAAUUUGUUUUGUGAAGUUUUGCUUUGAAAUACUGGCACCAUCUUAGUUAUGCGUGAAAGAACAAUCUGAAAGAACUUAAUUGUGCCUUUCCCAUAGUAAAUAUACUCCUCUUGUCAGAAGUGUUUACUUUGUUACAAACACCAUUAGUAUCAAUUCAUAGAAUUUCUUUGUAGCUCAUAUAAAAUAGAAUGUAGUGAUCAUGAUAGUGUUAUGAUCAUUGUUUACAUUCUCAAAACUGGUGAUUACUAUCAAUGGGGCCAAUUUUGACGAAAUCAUGACUGAAGAAAAGCAUCUUCAAAGCAGUUAACAGUCUCAGAGGAGGAGAGAUUUAAGAGACGUGAUGUAGUCAUGUUUCAGGCCACAAAUUAUUAUGUUUUUGAAUUAGUUCAAUGGUAUGGAAUUGUCUUACACUUUUUAUACAAAAUUAGUUUUAGAAGUUAUACUUCAUUCAGUGUAGUCUUGUUUUAUUAUAAUUUGCAUAAGCUGGCUUCUGAGCAUGAUAGGAUGGAUGACUGGGAUGAUAGUUAGAACUGACAAAUCUUAGCCAAAUUAUGUUCUAGGUAGUUUAGGUUCUAGCAUCCAUAUUUUGGCACAUUCAUAUCUGUACUUGGAAAAAAUGUAAUCCUGCAUCCUUUGCAUAGAUAACCCUGAUUUAGAAAAUUUGCCCUGGACUUGGGCCAUGGAGGUCAACAGACUGAAUUAUUGCAAGCUGUGUGUCCCAGCAGCAAAGACACAAGUCUAGGUUUGAUCAGGACAUGAAGAAGUAAGUACCUUCCAGGUUCUCCAGGAUUGCUGUAACUAGAAAAAACUGUUUUCUCCUUUGAAUUGUAGGUGACAGGUUUCCUAGUUUCAAAUCAAUCCACAUACAGUUACCAUAAUUUCUGCUUUUUGAGCUGUUUGUGUAACUCUUUGCUUCAAUUGCAGCAUUUAGAAAUUACACAGUGACGUCACUUAUUUUAUUUACACUUCUAUGACUUAUAGCAAGGACUAGACAGGGAAAUAACCUGAACUGAAAGAAUAAUUUUAACAAUAUUUCCUGAGCUUUUAAUUUGGCCUUACGAGAAGGUCUAAUAAAACAUAAAUGACUGUUGGUAGUAAAUUGGAUAAUGUGUAUGGUUCAAAUCUACAAUAAAUAUGAGCAAUUAAAAUAUAAUUAACUAUGCAGUUUACUACUGUAUAGUGAGACUAUCAGAGGCCUAGUAUGCUUCCAGUUUAUCAACUGGUUUUGUUACUGAAUGACAAGUUUCUAACAUCUCUGAUGUUACAGACCAUAGACUGUAUUACACAAGUUAUUAGCGUAGAUCACUAAUUCCAUCUUAGUGGAAUGUUUGUUAGGAAACAGUAGAUUUGUUUUCAUAAUGCCCCUGCAGAAAUGAAUAUGGGAAACAAAUAUGUUAUAUUUAAAGAAAAAAAAUAACCUGUUAAGGAGGAUGGACUCUGAAUUUUACAUCUUUAGGUGUAUUACAUGUGUCAAGAAGUUCCCAAAUUGUAAUUUAUUAAUGACCUAGGUCCAAAUCUUCUUGCCCUAGCCCUCCCCCCUGCCUUUAUGCCUUGGUUUUCAUCGGAGGAAAAAACAUGGAUACAUAUACUGAAAGGGGAGUGUUCCAAAAUGUCUCAAUAAUCAAAAUACUGAUAGUUGUGAAGACAAAACCCCUAGAUGAACUAUGCACUGCUGAUGCACUUCACUGAUGUGUCUAAACUUAGCUAGUGUCAUCCUAUGACGACAGAUAUUUAAAAGCCUAAAUUCCUUAGAGUUCAUGUGUAAAAUUAGGAUUAUAUGAUUACUCCAUUUAGCAUCAGUCUUUCCAGUUCUUUGUGUGUGUGAAUAUAUAUAUAUAUAUAUAUACAUGUAGAGUCUGCACAUGAGCACAUGUGUAUUUCGUGAGAGCUCCUAAGUUACACAAAUGUAAAAAGAUGUUUCACUAAAGCAGAGCUGAUACAGGAGUGAAUGCUACUGGAGGAUUGUGAAGCCUCUAGACUAAUAUAGUUACUGUCCAUUCAAAGUGAAAUUUAUUGAUGUCAUUGCUUUAAUGAUUUCUAUACCAAUGUCUGACUGACAGACUUUCUUUUACUAUCUGCUGCUCUGUCUUCCUAGUGUGCUUACUGUGGUUCUUCCAUUCAAUUAAUUAAAAAAAAAAAAAAGUAAAUUAAAAAAAAAAAAAGUUAAAGGUAAAUUCAAUAUAAA